GUCCAGCUCACAGUCUCCUGAGCAGUGACUCAGGCCGGCAUGUUGGGUGUUGUUGGAGGUUUCCUGACCUCUGUGUGUGAAGGGAGCGGGAGGAUGGACGAUGUGAACGGUUGAAAAAGUGAAACAGAGGUCCUGAGCAGUCAUGAGUCUGAAACAUGUUACCAGGAGAUCAUUUAUCUGUGGAUGAGACGGAGGGACAGAGCAACCCGACUAAAGGCAGUGCGUCCUUAAAAUCCAAACAGGAAGUCCAUCCAGCACGUGACCCUGUUAGCAGAGGAAAUACCAUCCCCGCUGACCUCAUCAGCACUCAGCCUCUACCUGCUGCAGCUCCACCAUCAGAGGCCUCACAGGAGGCGGCAGAAAGUAAGAAGCCCACCUGCCUUCGAUGUGGCCUCACGGUCUCAGACCACAGACCGUCCCCUGUCCUCCCUGCAGUGAGUCGUCUGCAGGGGUCCAGCCUGUCGGUGCACAGCAGCAGCAGCAGCAGGAAGAGCAAGAGGAGCAGGAGCAGUGUGGCUGGAUCACAACAACAUGCUGCCACACCUGCUGACUCCUGUUUACACCUGCUGCUGGCGUGUCUCUUCUGUCAGUGCUCCGUGCUGCUCCUGGGUGUGUUGGAGGCCUGCUCCUCCUGCCUCAGCGGCCUCUGCUCCUCCUGCUGCAACGCCUGCAGCCGCUGCUGUUCGGCCAUCCAGGAGACGCCGGUGGAGGAGUUCAACUGCAACGCACACUGCCACUCGGUGAUGUUCGAGUCCUGUUUUGAGCCCACUGAGUGUCUGGAGUUUUGUUUGGAGUGCUGUGAGAUCUGCCAUCGAAGCUGAGGACUCAAUAAGACAAGAUGAGACUGACAACAGAGUGACAAGCAAUGAACAUUUUAUGAACAAGACUUUAACUACAUUCAUGGCUUAAGAUCGACUUCUCCGGGCCCUGAGAGUUGUCUGGAGCUGCAAAGUAUUUCACCAUGAUUUUCUUUAAAUUAUUCUUAUAGCAAAUCCUGCCUUAAUAGUUCUCUUUAAUGGACCCAGUGGACCUGGUACCUCCAGGUACUAACUAUCAGGUGUCUGAUUGUCACCUGUUAUGUUCAGCGAUGAGUCCAGAUGAUGAGUCCACUGGUCAAAGUGUAGGGAAGACAUGGAGAAUUCUAUGCUGAUUGCUGCACUGACGUUGCAGCAUCUUUUGGUGGAGGCAUCACUUAGAAUAUGGGCUCGCCAUCAUUGGAGGAAAUCUUAAUGCAGGGGUGAGAUUCUUUAACCAGUGGAAAUCCCAUACCUUCACAGUCUGGGACCAAGAUGACAACGCUCACCCCAACAGAGCAGGGUUUAUCAGAGACUACCUCCCCUUUGGGAUCAGCUUUGGCGUGCUGUUUGUGCCAGAGUGACCAACGCAAGCACGUUGGCUGAUUUUGACUAACUCUGGUUGAAGAAUAGGAUGCCAUCCCACAGCAGUGUGUGACCAGGCUGGUGACCAGUAUGAGGAGGAGGUGCCAGGCUGUUGUGGCUGUUCAUGGUUCUUCCAGAUGAUACCGAGGUUCCUAUUUGGUAAAUGAAUAAUUGUUAUAUUUCCAGUUUGUCCUGAUUUUUCAGACCUCAAUCACAACACCAAACAAGAGCCAGUGGCACAAUCAGCUGUUUGGCAUUGGUAGAAAGGAUUUAGCAAAUUUUUCAUAAGCACAGUCCACAUACUCAGCUCUGCUGCUCAUCCUACGAAUGCAUGUUCCUUACAAAUGUGGCACCGUUUAAAAGGGAAAUGAACAGGCUUUCCAACUCUCCAUCCAACCAUCCACCAACUUCUGCUUAUCCAGGCCGAGCAGACAUCCCUCUCCCCUGCGACACUUUCCACCUCCUUCUGGGGGAUCACGAUGUAUUCCCAGACUAGACAGUAUCCCUCCAGUGCAUUUUGGGUCAUUUCUGAGGUCUCCUCCAGUUGGAUGUGUCUCCAAAGGGAGGUGCCCAGGAGGCAUCCUGAUCUGAUGCCCAAACAACCUCAGCUGGCAAAAGAGCAUUUGCUCUACUCCUGGUUCCCUCCAGAUGCCUGAACUCCUCACCCUCUCUCUAAGGCUGAGCCCAGACACCCUCCAGAGAAAACCCAUUUCAGUCGCUUGUAUCUGCAAUCUCAUUCUUUUGGUCAUUACCCAGAGUUCAUGGCCAUAGGUGAGGGUUGGGAGGUAGAUUGACCGGUAGAUCAAAAGCUUACACAUAGGCCGGCACAACACCCACAGUAAGCACCCUUUUACCCUCACAAGCAAACAAACCCUGAGUUACUUGAACUCCUUCACCUGAGGCAGAGACUCAGGCCUUUGUGGCCCCUUUCCACCGGCCCGUCUUAGCCCUACUCUACUCGACUUGACUCAACUCUACUCGGUUUGUGUUGCGUUUCCACGGGCGCGGUACCUCGUACCAGACACAAUUUUUUAGUACCUGCUCUGCUCUGGUUCCAAGCGAGCUGAGCCGAUACUAAAAGGUAAUGUCGAUCAACUACCGGCCAAUGAUUGGUCAGAAAAUGUCGUCACCAAAGAGUCAUGAGCACAACAACAGGUACGAGUAGAGUAGAGCCGAGUCGAGUCGAGUAGGGCUGGAGCUGUGUAGUGGAAAAGCGCCAUUAGAUGACCAGACACAUCAAUAUGUGGGACUUCAGUGUCUUGAUCACACUGCUGUUUGUUUUCAUUAAAAUGCACAUAAAGAUGCUGCUUGUGUGUAAGUAAACGGUGCAUUCAGCAAAGAAAUAGCUUCUUUUUGUACAUUACGUCGCAUUUAAAAACUUUGACCCAACAAGACCCUGAAUGAGGGAGGUCUACCUCUUUCUUCAGUCUUGUUCGGGUUCUCAUGUUGUAAGAUUGCUGGUUUGACUUCUCCCUGUGCGGCUCUUUGCAGCUGAGGAACAGGGCGACAGAAAACUUGUCAGCUCUCUCUUGAAUCCCUUUUCAUAUUUGUCAUAUAAAGCACUUAGAACAUGAAAGGAUGCUUAUUGUCUCCACAUCUUGGAAGAUCGGAGCGGGCUCCUUUAAAGUCGUCCUAUGAGAUGACAGCGUAGAGGCAGAGUAAACAGCCAAAAAUAAAACAAAGCGCUGAUAAAGACAAUGCUGUCAAUCUGUCCGGGUGUGCCAAGAGGCUCAUUUAAAUCACAUUAGAGCGAGGAAAUCGAAUGUAAGUAUCUCCUUUGCCCACAACACUUUUGGAUUCUGCCAGUGACAAGAAACAGCGCUGACGUCUAAUUUAGAGCACGGCGAGUGUACAGCAACAAAUAAACACUCAGGUUUGUUCCACUUGUCCCCCUCAAUUUGUUGUAGCCUCUACCCAUGGCUGAUGUCUCCCUCCACAACAAACAGCUGCUUCUGUCACAGAGAAGUCACGGCUGACACACAUGGCAGCCACACGAUAAUCUAAUGUUGGAAGGAUGUAUGUAUUUGAUUUGAUUUCACAAUAAAAAAAUAAUUUAAAUGAU